AUGGAACAAGUCGAAGACCACCAGCAACCAGACGAGUCGCGUCCACUCAAGCGCAUCAAGCUUGACGCACCUUUGGACGCAACCGAAGAGAUGCAAGAAGAUAUCAUUGACGACGGGGAAUGGGACGACGUUUAUGAGACGUCGGGCCAGACUCCACGCGAUGAAGCACAGAAUACAGUGGCUUCGGUAACAGAUUAUCAGCAUGUUCCUUCGGCGCAGCAGGCAGCGGGCAUGGAUGGCGAGGCGGAGAUUUUGCAGGAUGGAGAGGACUUUGUGGGAUCGGAGCAGUCAACAGGCGCUGCAGAUGAGCCAGCGGUGAGGACGGGAAACGAGUCUGAGAAUCAUGCGAAUGGCAUGAACGGGGUCAAUGGUGAGGGACUGGACAAGGCAGCUCCCGUGGAGCUAGACGCGCCAACCGAAGGAGGAACGGCUCUACAAGAUGGCAUUGCUCGAGAGGUCACGAAUGGUACAACGAACGGCGACAGCACAGCACCUGGAGCCCCGCCGAAGCAUGACGCCGAGUUUCUGGCCGCAGCUGCGGCGCAACAGGGCGACAAGGAGGCGGAGUGGCAGUUCACUUCUUCCGAUGCAGAGUCCUCUACCGACGAAUCCUCUUCUGACGAAUCCGACUCCGAUGACGAGGACAGCUACAAGCCGCUCGAUCCCGAGAGCCUCGCGAAGAUGCUGAUGCAAGAGGAAGAUGACGAAGAGGAGAGAGGAAAAAGCAAGGGAGGCGACCGCCAGCCACGAACCGCCAACGAGGUCAAAGAGACGGUGAUGCCGAAGCCGGAGAUCGUCGUCACGCACAACAUGAAGUUCACUUUCUUGGGAAAGGUAUGGAGCUUUGUUGAUCACGAGGCCGUAAUCAAGGGAGCAACAUCAGCAGACUACCAAGUCCUCGAUGAGGGUUCAGUGCUCUGCAACGAGGACCGGGACAUCCUAGGAGUCGUCGCACGGAAUCUGGGUUCCGUACGCCAGCCCUUCUACAGCGUGGCUUUCGAUAGCGCGGCAGAGCUCGAGAAAGCUGGUCUCAGCCUUGGGACGAGGGUGUACUAUGUCAACGACCACAGCACGUUCCUCUUCACAGAGCCAAUAAGGGCCAACAAGGGCACCGACGCAUCGAACAUUCAUGACGAAGAGAUUGCCGAGGAUGAGCAGGAGUUCUCGGAUGAUGAAGUGGAGGCGGAGUACAAGCGGCAGAAGAAAGCACUGAAGCGCGAGGGUAAGGGUACUCUGAGCAGAAGCACAUUUACCGAAGACCACGCUACGCGACCUGCGGGUAAUGGGGGACACAGUGGGCAAGGCGCAGCCAACCCGCAGCAGAGCAACAGAGGUUCUGGUGAUGGGGGACGCGGUGGACGUGGUAGAGGUGACGCAGGGCGUGGUGGCAGAGGCAGAGGCUACGACCAGCGCGGCGGUGGACGUUCCGGAGGGUCUUGGCAUGGCAGCGGGUCUUUCACCGGCAACAGCGAUGUGCCGAGGAAGAACGACAACGUCGUCCUAAUCUACGACGAGCACGAGCCCGGUGACGAUCGCGAGCCCGUUGCCGAGGAACACACCCCCGACAAGCCACCCGAGAUCCUCCCUGCCAUCUCGGACGGCGACUACAAAGUCCUCAAGAGACCGCACGAUUUAAUGGAACAGUUGAGCAGGGCUCCGGCCUCUCGGGAGCCGACGGGUGGACGUGGAGGCCGCGAGCGUCGUGGAGGUCCUGAUCGUCAAGCCCUUAAUCGCGGAGACCCUAGUCGUGGACAUGGAGAUAGAGACCGUGGCUUCAACAGGGACCGUGGAGGAGGCGAUGGUGGCGGAAGAGGCCGUGGCGAUGGUGGGGGAGGCAGAGGUGGUAAGUUCGACAACCGUCGUGGUGGUUAUGGAGGCAACCCAAACCGCGGCAACAGAGGCGGUCGAGGCGGCAUUGGCUUCAAGGGCAACCCAACCAGCUUCCCGGACCGCCACAACUACCAGCAACCUUACAACUCCUCAUCUUCGCCAGGCUACCAGCACCAGCAAUCGUCCUUACCAUCACAGCAGCACGCCCCGUACCAGCAGUACCAACCCCAGCAGCAAGCUCAGCAGCCUAACUACUACCAGUUCAACGGCCAACAGUACCAGUACCCACCUGCGUCCGCUGGACCGCCUAUCCCGCACGGUGUCCCGCCGAUUCCGCAGGGCCUCGCCGAUGCCCUGGCCAAGAGUCCGCCGCCUUUGAGCCCGCCAGUUCUGCACGGCGGGAACUUCCACCAGCCUCAGUACCCGCCGAGUUCGAGCCCGCAGAUGCCCGGCGGUGGUGCGUUCGUCAACCCGGCGUUCUACAACCGGCAGCAGCAGAAUGGGUAUGGCGCUUGGCCUCCGCAGCAGCAGGGUCAGCAGCAGUAUCAACAAGGCCAGCAGCAGCAGAAUGGGUAUGGUGCGUGGCCACCGCAGCAGCAGGGUCAACAGUACUAUCAGCAAGGCCAGCAGCAGUACUACCAAGGGCAACAGCAGUAUCAGCAGUAUGCUCAGGGCGGUGCGGCUCAGACGCCACAGCAACAGCAGGUGGACUUCGGGGCGAUCAUGAAGCAGCUGGGGGGUGGACAGGGGCAGCCGCCGCCACCACCUCCGCCGCAGUGA